UAAAUCUAAAUUUUAAAAUGAAGUUUCCAAUAAAACAAAGAAACAUGAAACGAUCAAACGUCAAAAUUGACUGCUGAUGUGAACGCCACCCAAAAGCUUACCAGCCACGAAUUUUAACCAAACUGAGGAAAGAUUUACUAAAUUUGAUUCUAUUUAUACAGAAAACUAAAUCAGUUUGUAUUCCAAUUACAUACCAAAAACGCAAAACUAAUUCAAGGUUAAAAAUGAUACUCGCAUAAGCUAUCAAUUAUCCAUUUAUCCAUUUCUUGACUUAAGUAAUUUUGUCUCUUAGAAUUAGAACACCAAAGCUUAAGUUUUAAAUCCUUUAUUUCGAAGUUACCUUAAAGCCUGCAUAAACAAACAUUACCUAAUUUUAUUACAAUUAAGGAUAAUUGUUCUCAAGGUCAAAAUCGACUGAAAAACUAAAGCGUUUACCUAAAAUAGAUAAUUGGACUGGAAUCAAUUGGCUUCAAUUACAAAGAAAUGUCUGUAAGUAAAUUCGAUUUGUUUUAGUUUUACUCCAGACACAGGACAAGAUUGUUGUGGACAUUAAGACUAAAGUUUGGUUAAAACGUUUUGUAUCUAUGGAAUAAUUUUGAAAGUUAUCAAAAAAAUAUUAAUGUAUAAAAAUGCCAAGUAACACAAAUUCAACUCCCGUAUCCGAGCUUCCGUCAAGAAGUGCUGUUCAUAAUGGCAGUUAUGUUAUCCCAGGAGUUUAUGAUUUAAGCGUCGAGGACACCAAUUGGGUGCUGACUUCGUCAUUCAUAAUUUUCACGAUGCAAACGGGCUUUGGAAUGCUUGAAUCUGGUUGCGUGUCCAUAAAAAACGAAGUCAACAUUAUGAUGAAAAAUAUAAUUGACAUAGUUCUUGGUGGAUUCACAUAUUGGAUUUUCGGUUAUGGAAUGUCAUUUGGAAGAGGACCUCUCUCCACUCCAUUCAUAGCAAUUGGAGAUUUUCUAUUGGAUCCAGUUGUUGGAGAUCCUCUGAUGGGUCAAAUAUUUGCUUCAUUUCUAUUUCAGCUGUCAUUUGCUACAACAGCAACAACUAUUGUAAGCGGUGCUAUGGCAGAAAGGACUAAUUUCAAGGCAUAUUGUCUGUUUUCAUUGCUUGAUACAGCAGUAUAUUGUAUACCAGCUGGAUGGAUUUGGGGUGAACAUGGAUUUUUGAAUAUUUUAGGAGCUGUGGACAUAGCUGGAAGUGGGCCAGUUCAUUUAAUUGGUGGCGCAUCGGCGUUUGCUUCAGCAGCAAUGCUUGGACCAAGGUUGGGACGUUAUGCAGAUGGAUACGAUCCAUUACCUCUUGGCAACCCAGUCAAUGCUUGUUUGGGACUUUUCGUACUCUGGUGGGGAUGGUUGGCUUUCAAUUCUGGAAGCACCUAUGGAGUAAGUGGGUCAAAAUGGCAGUAUUCAGCAAGAGCAGCUGUCAUGACAAUGAUGGGAUCUUUUGGAGGAGGUGUCACCAGCUGCUCAUAUUCUUUCUGGCGGCACGAUGGCCGAUUGGACAUUAUGGAUUUGAUAAAUGGAAUUUUGGCAUCGUUGGUAUCCAUCACGGCAGGUUGUUUCCUCUACCGCGCUUGGGAAGCAUUCGUUAUUGGUAGCUUAGGAGCAAUUCUCUGUUGUGUUACAAUGCCUCUAUUUGACCGAUUAGGUGUAGAUGAUCCAGUUGGAGCGAGUUCUGUCCAUGGAGUUUGUGGCAUUUGGGGUGUUAUUGCUGUUGGACUAUUUGCCGACAAUCCAGUACCAUUGGACACGACCAAUGGAAGAUCGGGUUUGUUUAAAGGCGGUGGUUGGUAUUUACUUGGAAUUCAAACCCUAUCGGCAUUCUGCCUGACCUGCUGGGGUGUGUGUUCGACUGCUUUAUUGCUAUUUGUUGUGAAUAAAAUUGUUCCCAUUCGAAUGGAUCCAAAUGAAGAACUUCUCGGAGCCGAUGUCAUGGAACACAGAAUAAGACAUCGUCAAAUUGGACUCUCACGGGCUAUUUCAGCAUUGACUCCAAUCCAACCUGAUCUUAAGGAAUUGGCAAACUUAGAAGCGAUUGGUGUAAAUCCAGGGCAUGACAAGAGCAUCGCAGGACUAAGGGCUGCAGAGGAUAAACUUGCCUACUGGGAAACAUAUCUUGAUAUGUAUCAUCAUGGCACAAGGGAAAUCAAGAAAGAAGUAAUAAAAGAACAGCCUGAUCAAAAUAAAAUAAUUGCUGGAAAUAUGUUUUCAAAGAAUAUAAAUUCAAUAAGCAAUUCUGAAAUCAAUUCGAUUUCAAAAGGAGAAAGUAAUACAAAUGGCGCAUUUGCUUGGGUUGAUUAAUUGCGUUACUUAAACAUAAUAAAUGAUUUAGUUGAAAACCAAAAUCUUUAGAUGUUUUUUUGCUUAUUUUUAACAACUAUGCUACACAAGUAAGACAAUUCGUCAUAUCCAUAGUUCCUUGCUAAAUUACGCUUCAGUUUAUGUUAUUCAAAGACCAUUUAAACGCAUUUUGAAACGAUAAUCUGGAGUCUAAAAAUAAACACGACGGAACCUAUGUUUAAGCUGU